CGUACGGCAUAUCCAUCCCCAAUCCGCUGCGUCCGCUAUCCCCCGAACCCAUCGGCCACGGCCAGCUGCAGCGCACGCACGCACCGUCCUCGCGCCGGCUGCCCAACCCAAGCCGCGAGUGACACUGCGUGCGUGCCCAUCGCGUGUGUCGCGUUGCGUUUGCUUGCGCGGAACGGCGGGAGAGAUGGGGCGUCCACACCGUCGUCGGGACUGUGGGCACGGCGCGGCACACCGAGAGAGGUGCCGCAUCCAAUCCAAACAACUGCACUCCACUGUCCCCACUCCCCCGGCGCGGCGUCUCCCUCCCCACGCUAUUUUAUACCACCACCACCACCACCGCGUGGUACUUGCUCAUACGCCGUAUCGACCACCACCCUCGACGGCGGCCAUGGCGGGCGCCUCCUCCUACUUCUCGUUGCGGAGGCUACUCCUCCUGCUGCUGCCGCUGGUACCGUUGCUCGGCGCCACCACCGCCGCCGCAGCGGGCGCCAACUCGAGCGUCACGUAUGACCACCGCUCCCUCAUCAUCUCCGGCCGCCGCCGCCUCCUCAUCUCCACCUCCAUCCACUACCCCCGCAGCGUCCCCGAGAUGUGGCCGAAGCUGGUGGCCGAGGCCAAGGACGGCGGCGCCGACUGCGUCGAGACCUACGUGUUCUGGAACGGCCACGAGCCCGCCCAGGGCCAGUACUACUUCGAGGAGCGGUUCGAUUUGGUGCGAUUCGCGAAGAUCGUCAAGGACGCCGGGCUGUACAUGAUCCUGCGCAUUGGGCCGUUCGUCGCCGCAGAAUGGACCUUCGGGGGCGUGCCGGUGUGGCUGCAUUACGCGCCCGGGACGGUGUUCCGGACGAACAAUGAGCCGUUCAAGUCUCACAUGAAGAGAUUCACGACGUACAUUGUGGAUAUGAUGAAGAAAGAACAAUUCUUCGCUUCGCAGGGUGGGCACAUCAUCCUAGCUCAGGUUGAAAAUGAAUACGGAGAUAUGGAACAAGCGUACGGAGCUGGUGCCAAGCCAUAUGCAAUGUGGGCAGCUAGUAUGGCUCUGGCUCAGAAUACUGGUGUCCCUUGGAUCAUGUGCCAGCAGUAUGAUGCGCCUGAUCCAGUGAUAAACACUUGCAAUUCAUUCUACUGUGAUCAAUUCAAGCCAAAUUCACCAACCAAGCCAAAAUUUUGGACUGAGAAUUGGCCAGGAUGGUUCCAGACCUUUGGCGAAAGUAAUCCCCACAGGCCCCCUGAAGAUGUUGCAUUUUCUGUUGCACGUUUUUUUGGGAAAGGUGGCAGCCUUCAGAAUUACUAUGUGUACCAUGGUGGAACAAAUUUCGGUCGCACUACUGGAGGGCCAUUCAUUACUACUAGCUAUGACUAUGAUGCACCGAUCGAUGAAUAUGGCCUUAGGAGACUUCCGAAAUGGGCUCAUCUAAGGGACCUUCACAAAUCUAUCAAAUUGGGCGAGCAUACCCUGUUGUAUGGUAAUUCGUCAUUUGUUUCUCUGGGGCCUCAACAAGAGGCUGAUGUUUACACUGAUCAAUCAGGAGGAUGUGUUGCAUUCCUUUCUAAUGUUGAUUCAGAAAAGGACAAAGUUGUUACUUUCCAGAGCCGGUCGUAUGAUCUUCCUGCUUGGUCGGUCAGUAUCCUGCCUGACUGCAAGAAUGUGGCGUUCAACACUGCAAAGGUGCGAUCUCAAACUCUGAUGAUGGAUAUGGUCCCUGCAAAUUUGGAAUCAUCAAAAGUUGAUGGGUGGAGCAUUUUCAGAGAGAAAUAUGGGAUUUGGGGUAAUAUCGACUUAGUCCGAAAUGGAUUUGUAGACCAUAUUAAUACAACAAAAGACUCUACUGACUACCUAUGGUACACAACAAGUUUUGACGUAGAUGGAAGUCAUCUGGCAGGUGGCAACCAUGUUCUUCAUAUUGAAUCCAAAGGCCAUGCUGUUCAGGCUUUCCUGAACAAUGAGCUUAUAGGUAGUGCAUAUGGUAAUGGCUCAAAAUCAAAUUUCAGCGUGGAAAUGCCCGUCAAUUUGAGGGCUGGGAAGAACAAACUUUCCCUAUUGAGUAUGACUGUUGGUUUGCAAAAUGGAGGACCCAUGUACGAAUGGGCAGGAGCCGGCAUUACAAGUGUGAAGAUCUCAGGAAUGGAAAACAGAAUAAUUGACUUGUCUUCCAAUAAAUGGGAAUACAAGAUUGGAUUGGAAGGGGAAUAUUAUAGUUUGUUCAAGGCUGAUAAGGGGAAGGACAUAAGGUGGAUGCCACAGUCUGAGCCACCAAAAAAUCAACCAAUGACAUGGUACAAGGUAAACGUUGAUGUUCCCCAAGGAGAUGAUCCAGUUGGAUUAGAUAUGCAGUCUAUGGGGAAAGGCCUGGCUUGGUUGAAUGGAAAUGCCAUUGGGAGGUAUUGGCCCAGGAUAAGUCCUGUCAGUGACAGGUGUACUUCCAGUUGUGACUAUAGAGGAACGUUUUCUCCAAAUAAGUGCAGGAGAGGAUGUGGGCAGCCAACUCAAAGAUGGUACCAUGUCCCACGGUCAUGGUUUCAUCCAUCAGGAAACACCCUUGUGAUUUUUGAGGAGAAGGGAGGGGAUCCUACAAAGAUCACAUUCUCAAGAAGAACUGUGGCAAGUGUGUGCUCCUUCGUGUCAGAGCACUACCCUUCCAUUGACUUGGAAUCCUGGGAUAGGAAUACCCAAAAUGAUGGUAGAGACGCAGCAAAAGUACAGUUGUCUUGCCCCAAGGGUAAAAGUAUCUCUUCUGUUAAGUUUGUGAGUUUUGGAAACCCCAGUGGAACCUGCAGAUCUUACCAACAAGGAAGCUGCCACCAUCCGAACUCAAUAUCUGUUGUUGAGAAGGCCUGUCUGAACAUGAAUGGCUGUACCGUCUCCUUGUCAGACGAGGGAUUUGGAGAAGAUUUAUGCCCUGGGGUCACCAAAACACUUGCGAUUGAGGCAGACUGCUCUUAAGGAGUUUAACUCAGCAAUGAGAUCCAUCGCUACAGAUUCGCUCAUCAACUUGAAGCUUAUAGUGCUUGGUACAGUAGCAUACUACAACAACUUCGAAGUGAAAUCCUACCUAGAUUUAGAUUACGACCUGUUAUGAGCAUGAUUUGGCACUUUGUUUCUUUGACUUCUCUUUUGCUCAACAAUAUGUCCAGGUACCCUUGACGGGUCGCCAUUGUGGAUGCUAACCAUCCACCCGAGCAAAGGAAUUAAUUGCACUGCAUUCCCAGGUUUGCAAUGGACUACUGUAUGAUUCAGAAACAUGAAGGCAUGAACGAGCUUCUAUGAGCCCAAAAGGAAUGGGAUAUAAUAUAAUAUGAUAUAUUGCGAUGCCCAUGAAACAUUUCAUAAUUGUCAUUUUCUUCGUGUUUAGACUUGCUGAUAUGUAGACACCAGAUCGCACUGGAGAAAGUUCUUGGAUUGCUCUCUUCAUGUUGUGUCGCGUCAUGAUAUUUCUGGAUUAACCUGUGAAUGAAUCUAUGGUUGAGGCA